AUGGUGCAAGUAUACAUCCAUGAUAACAAGGACGACUCCGAUUAUCGCGCACCCCACGAUUCUGGAACGGAACUUUCCUUGGAUGAACUAGCCAAAUUGGGUGUGAUUUAUAAAUACUGUGCAAAUGAGGAGGAAGUGGACGAAAUAGCCGAGGAAAGAAAAUAUAAAAAUAGAGAUGUGGUUGAUAUUCAUAAAGGUUCUUUCAAAAGUGAAACAGAUUUCAAUGAAAAAUUAGCGAUGUUCUACAAGGAACAUCUACAUGAAGACGAAGAAAUUAGAUAUUGCCUUGAAGGCACAGGAUAUUUCGAUGUCAGAGAUUCUUCUACACCGGAAAACUGGAUCAGGUGCUUAGUGGAGCCGGGAGAUCUACUAAUUCUUCCGCCUGGCAUUUAUCAUCGUUUCACCUUGACGACUAGCAAUCACAUCAAGGCUUUGAGGUUAUUUAAGGACGAACCAAAGUGGCAAGCUAUUAACAGAUCAACUCGGGCAGAUUCGUUGCCCGUACGCAAAGACUAUAUUGCCCAGAUCAAUCAGUACUAA